AUGUUUUGUGCGCUUUCAGGAGAACCACCACAGGAACCAGUAAUUUGCAAAAAAUCUGGUCAGAUCUUUGAGAAAAGAUUGAUCGAAAAAUAUAUUUCAGACUAUGGAAAAGAUCCUAUUAGCGGGGAGGAUAUUACUGAAGAUGACUUAUUAGAGAUAAAAGCAAGUCCCAAAACAGUGAAACCUCGACCUGCUACUUUAACCUCGAUUCCAUCUUUAUUGGCCGUUUUUCAGAAUGAAUGGGAUAGUUUAAUGUUAGAAACAUUUACUCUUAAACAACAAUAUCAACAAGUUCGACAAGAAUUAAGUCAUGCUUUAUAUCAACAUGAUGCUGCAUGUCGAGUUAUUGCUAGGUUAAUGAAAGAAAGGGAUGCCGCAAGAGAAGCAUUGACGAAUGUACAGGCUCAUAUUAAUGUUCAACCUCCUCCAGAAUCAACUGUAACUGAAACACCCAUGGAAGUAGAAGAGGAAAUGAAAGGAAUUAAUGAAACAGUUAUAGAGAAAUUAAACGAAACUAGUAAAACUUUGUCACAAGGACGUAAGAAGAGAAAAGCACCACCUAAUCUCACCUCAGUAGAUACAGUAAAAACUUUUACUCAAAUAACUGUAAUUGGUUCUUUACAUACUACUUCAUCUCCCGGAAUAACUUGCUUAGAUCUUGAUCAAACAGGAGAAUUAGUGAUUACUGGUGGAAAUGAUAAAAAAGCAUUAAUAUAUAAUAGAAAGGAUGCAAAGGAAGUUUGUUCUUUGAAAGGUCAUACUAAAAAGAUUACAGAUGUAUUAUGGUUAGGAAAACCAGAAGAAAAUAAUAAUGGAGAUAUUGCAUUUACUUCAAGUGCUGAUAAAACCAUCAAAAUAUGGAAACCUAAUGAAAAUAACAAAAAAGGUUAUAAAGUUGCUAGUAAUAUCACCUCACAUUCGAGUGAGGUGACUGGUAUCGCAUUGCACGCUACAAAACAAUAUUUAGUAUCAGUAUCCAAUGAUUCAACAUGGGCAUUCCAUGAUGUUACAACUUCUCAGACAUUGAGCAAAAUCGAAAGUAAAGAAGUGAAAACAGGAUAUUCAACUGUGGAGUUCCAUCCCGACGGUUUAAUUUUAGGAACCGGGACAAAUGAUUCGGUUGUUCGAAUUUGGGAUGUAAAAUCUCAACAGAAUGUCGCAUCUUUUGAUAAUCAUGCUGGACGUAUCACAUCAAUUGCUUUUUCUGAAAAUGGAUAUUAUCUUGCGACAGCAUCCGAAGAACAUUUGGUUAAAUUAUGGGAUCUUAGAAAAUUAUCGAAUUUUCAAACACUGGUUGUUGAUGCAGAGUCAAAAGUUAACAAGGUUGUAUGGGAUUUUAGUGGUCAAUAUUUGGCUGUCGGUGGUACAGAUAAUAUGGCAGAAAUUACUGAUAUGAAAUUCGGUGAAUUGGCUAAAUAUUUGUUAGUCGGUGGAUUAGAUCGAUCAUUAAGAAUUUAUGGAUAUCAUCCUCAAUAA